CAAGUGUUUUAAAGAAGGCUAUUGGAAGGAAUGAAAGGCUACUAAUGCAUUAUUAACGUGAGAAGAUGUAGACUAAAGCUGCUCGCAAAGGAGGGAGGCACUGACGUCACUUAGGACCCAACACAUCUUACCAAACUUCAUUCAACAUAGUCUUGUAAGUCCAAGCUUUAGUGGUAAGUACAAUUUCUCAUCGAAGUCGUCUCCUUGCUCUUUAAUAAUGCUUUUUCUUUAAAUAGACUAUUCUUCAUAUUUUAUGCUUUUUUUUUUUUUUUUCCAGUUUUAAGGGUUUUAUGCUUCUUUUGGUGUGCAAAACGUAUUGAUUGUAGGGAUAACUAUAUUCAUUGUUGUUGUUUUUUGCCUUAAUAAUGGAGCUGGGUGGAUUUUUUUUACAUCCGGAUGCAUUUACUUUAAAUGUUAAUUGAACUACCAAAUGACUUGAUUUCUUGCUCAAUAGCAGAAACAGCUGGCCUGUGUUGUGUCCUCUGCAGAUGGCCCCGGUACUCCUCAACAUACACGUGCUUAUAGUGUUUGUGCUGAGUUGCACAAGUGCCGACCCGCUGCAUGGUCAGAAAGGGGCUCAGGUGGCUCAGGUGGACCCCUUGACGGUCCCCCGGGCGAACCCGCAGUGCUGGGACUCUUCCUCGGCUCUGCUGCUGGAGAUGCGCUCCCCGAGGAUCGCUGACACGGUGCCCGCCUUCUGGGACCUGAUGGUGACCCUCAGGACGUCAGACAACAGCAGACACACGGCUCUGUUCUGGGACCUAACUCGGGUUUUCUGGGACCUUUAUCUGGACUGCGUGUUGUCCAGGAGUCACGGCCUGGGGCGGAGACACGUGACCGUGGUACACUCUCUUAUAACUGACAAGUCCUUCAGAUUCAACAGGUUCGGAGCAAACUCGUGGGCGUGGCUCAGUGUCAGAGUGAGGUGUAGAGGACACAUCAAGACCCUGAAGACCAAACCCAAAUCAAACACACACUUUCACAAAUAAUACUGAAUAUGAUCAUCUUGUAUAUCAUUUUUUCCAACUGAGAAACUGGAAUUUUUUUACUUUAUUUUUUUUUACUAUAUGUAACUGUUGGAGAAAUAAUGGAAAGAUUACCUGUUUUUGUUUGUAUGUUUCUUUGUGUAUAACUGUAAUAAAUUAAUGUA